CCGGAAUUUCAAGGACUAGGGAGGGGAGAUGCCCAUAAUGCACGUGAAUGGAACUUUCCGUCAAUUGCUUACAUGGCAUCCAGAGUGACAACUUCCCCCUCCCUCCACCCGCGACAACCACUCAUUGACACCAUGCUGUCGCUGCAGAUGUUUACUCGUACCCGUGCUCGGUUGAAAGGAUACCAACGGUUGACAUAUCGUGUUGUUUGUGCGGAUCAACGGCAUGUCCGAAACGCCUCGUCAACAUCCCCGGGUAUUCCAGGAGGAUCGAGCCAAGGGACUGAAGGCGCUCAUAUAUCGAAUAUCACGUCUCAGAGGAGUUUCUAUCAGCUUAUUGAAGAUGUGGAAGACCUGGAUAGGUACUGUCCCGGGGGGUACCAUCCCCUUCGUGUUGGGGAUGAGUUAAACGAUGGGCGUUAUCAGCUGGUUGACAAGCUUGGAUACGGAGGGUACUCAACUAUAUGGCUAGCCCGUGAUCGACAAAGGUCUAGAUAUGUGGCAGUGAAAGUCAUUACUGCUGAUGCCAGUGGCAGCACUAAUGAAGCUACUAUAAUAAAUUCUCUAAGACAAUCAUCAGACAGGCUGGGAAAAAACAUUGUGCCUUUUCUCCUUGACGAGUUCUGUGUCUCCGGUCCCAAUAGGAAGCAUCGAUGCGUGGUCACUCCACCUGCGCUAAUAAGCUUGUUCGAUGCCAAAGAAUCUUCAAGACUUGGGCUUUUUCAACCCAAGGUUGCUCAAUCGAUAGUCGCGCAGCUUAUUCGUGGGGUCGCAUUUCUUCACAGCCAAGACACGGUCCAUGGAGACAUUCAUCUUGGCAACAUCCUAGUGCAGCUUCCAAAAGCGAUUGAUGGACUUUCCACGUCAGAAUUGUACCAGAGAUAUGGGGAGCCCGAGUCAGAGGCCGUUGUCCGCAUCGAUGGCAAGGCACUGCCAAGCGGCGUACCUGCUCGAGUGUUUUUUCCCACUUGGUUUGGCGUCCGCAGCGACGAAUUCGCUCUGGGUGAGGAAAAGGUUAUCCUUUGCGAUUUUGGAGAGUCAUUCAACCCACACAAAUUGACCCGGUACUCUUCAAAAACCCUACCUCUUCUUCAACCACCGGAAGCGAGAUUUUCAGAGGAGCCGCUUUCAUUUGCGUCAGACAUAUGGACCCUUGCUUGCACUAUCUGGGAGAUCUUCGGCCAACGGCCUUUAUUCGAGACAUUUUUCCCAACUCGUGAUCGCGUCACCAUGGAGCAGGUUCAAGUGCUUGGCAUUCUACCUCCUGAAUGGUGGAAGAAGUGGGAUAGGAGACUAGAAUGGUUUGACGAGGAUGGUGAACUGAGUAUGAAGCCGGGGAUGCCUAGGCGGCAUGAUGGUGUGCGCAGAACCUGGGAUAUGCGGUUUAGUCACGGAAUACAGCAGCCUCGAGCCGAGGCAGGCUUGGAUACCGUGACAGAUGAGGAAAAGAGGGUAUUCGAUUCUAUGCUGCGGUCAAUGCUGAAGUUCCGGCCAGAGGAGAGAGCUACAGCACAACAGGUGCUGGAAUCGGAGUGGAUGAACAGCUGGGGAGUGCCGGCUCUGGAGCAG